AGCUGCUUGUUUUUACUCUGCAUACUGGCCAUGCCUGGGUGCUCGGUAGAUGCAGUACAUUCUGGUUAGGGUUUUUAAAGGAUUUUUUAUUUUUAUUUUGAAAAAAAGACAUGGGGAACGUACCUGGUUUGACUCUGGACAAACUACAAGCUUGUGAGAGUCAUCAGUGGUAUAGAAAAUUCAUGACUGAGUGCCCGUCUGGACUUCUCACCUUUUACAAAUUCAAGCAGUUCUUUGGCCUGAGGAAUCUGUCGAAUACUUCAAAUGCCUACGUUAUGACCAGGUUUUCAACGUUUGAUAUGAAUAAUGAUGGCUUCAUUGACUUCAUAGAGUAUGUAGCUGCUCUGAGCCUGGUGCUAAAGGGAGGAGUGCAGCAGAAGCUCCGCUGGUACUUUACACUGUAUGAUAUAGACGGGAGUGGCUGCAUUGACCGUGAGGAGCUGCUUCAGAUCAUUAAGUCCAUCCGUGCAAUCAAUGGAGUUCCUUACAAGAUAUCAGCAGAGGACUUUGCCAACAUGGUGUUUGACAAGAUUGACAUCAAUGGAGAUGGUGAACUUUCUUAUGAAGAGUUCAUGGAGGGAAUUCAGAAUGACGAAAUGCUGCUGAUGACACUAACACAGAGUAUGGACAUAACACACAUUGUCGAAAUAAUUCAAGGAGAGAUAAGGGCCAACAUCUAAAAUCCCUCCAACUUUAUGAACCCUGAAAUAUACAUUUACCGUGCCACAGCGGAAGAUGUGGGUUCAGGAUAACCCACAAAUCACCAGAACAAAUGGAUGGAUUGGAUUUACCCAGAUGAUCCUUGUUUACGUACCCAUACCUCUGUGUUGACUUUCUUUUUUCCCCAUGCGUUAAUGACCCCCUCGCUCGGAGGCUGGGUUAAUUUCAAAUUCUGCAGUAAGAAAGGAGUAACACAUUCAGUGUGGACUGAGGGACGGCCAACACUACCUUACUUGAGGCCCUUGUCUGUGGCCCCCAUUUCACCUGUGAGACCAUGAUAGCACAUCAAAUAACACAGUUCAAUGGGACAAUUAGCAUCUGACAAUGAAGCAGGUGAACAUUCACAUGCAAACAGUCCCUCUUUAUGAUUUAUGGUACAUGGUCUUUUUUUUGCUGAGCUAGCAGCCUGGCUCAGGGGAUGGCAAUGCUGGAUGGUUUUGUUGGCUGGUUGGUCCGCCAGUUUUCACAACUAAUUGACGGUUUGCUGUAAAAUUUGCUCCACACCUUCAUGGUUCACAGAGGAUAAUUUGUAAGAACUUUGAUCUCCUGACAUCUUGCGCCACCAUCUGGUCAAACCCUCCUUAUGACGCACUUCAAUUUAUAACCAAAUACCUGCGAAAGUAAUGACAUUCCCGUCAGCCUCAGCUGUACUUCCUGUUUAGUGCUAAUUAUCCAAUGCACUUGCUUGACAUCAACAUGCUAGUAUUAUCAUAGUAAGCAUGUUAGCAUACUGAUGUGGGCACCAAGUACAGCCUCACAGAUAGAUGUAGAGUCUUGUUUAUGAAAAAGCAGAACAAAACCAAAUUAAUCAAGUUAAGUACACAAGUUUGCUAGUAUAAUAAUACAAUCCCAGCAUGUAUACAAUAUAUGCAGAUAACAAAAAGAGGGGGGGCAGCAU